GCUCCAACCUUCGACAGUCGCGAUUACAGGUUUUAUUUUCCAAAUAUGGCCAUGAAACGAAAACUGAACGAGCACGAUGUUCCUGAGGGACAGUCCCCGCAACCCUCGGAGCGCCGGGCGAGCGACGCCUCGCAAACAGAGCCCGCCAGCCCGCCCAAGGCCAAGCCAAAGGCCUCGAAGGCUACAGCGACCGUGGCCUCCUUCGCAGACUUUGAACUCGAGCCGCGACUGCUGAGAGGCAUAAGGGACCAGAAAUGGAACUCUCCGACGGCUGUUCAAUCACGGGCUAUACCUCUGGCACUCCAAGGCCGCGACAUUCUCGCUCGUAGCGGGACUGGCACAGGAAAGACAGCCGCCUAUCUCCUCCCAAUCCUACAUAAUACGCUACGUCGAAAGGGCAAGACGUCGCUGGUACUCGUACCUACCAAAGAACUCGCACUACAAAUCACAAAGGUCGCCAAAGCGCUUUCAGCGCAUGUAGGGCAGGAGAUCAGGAUACAAAACAUUGCCGGGAAGGAGUCGGAGGUGGUGACCAAGGCGAAGCUGGCAGAAAAUCCUGAUAUUGUUAUUGCAACGCCUGCUCGCGCGAGCGCGAAUAUCAACAAUGGCGCGCUGUCGGUGAGCGAGCUGGCGCACCUGGUCGUCGACGAAGGUGACUUAGUCAUGGGCUACGGCUUCAAGGAGGACCUCGAUCAAAUCGCGCAGAGCAUCCCCAAGGGCGUGCAGAUGUUCCUCAUGUCCGCCACCCUUAACACCGAAGUCGAGUCGCUCGGUAGCCUGCUCUGCACCGACCCCGUUGUACUUAAGCUCGACGAUACCGAUAAGAACGCGCAGAAGGUGAAGCAGUACGUCAUAAAGUGCGCCGAGGAGGAGAAGUUCCUGAUGAUAUACGCCAUGUUCAAGCUGCAGUUGAUCAAGGGCAAGUCGAUUGUCUUCGUUGGCGACACAGACCGCUCGUAUCGCGUCAAGCUGUUCCUCGAGCAGUUCGGCAUCAAGUCUUGCGUACUGAAUUCGGAGCUACCGCUCGCAUCCCGCCUACACAUCGUCGACGAGUUCAACAAGAACAUUUACAACAUUCUGAUCGCCUCGGACGAGACGGAGAUUCUGGGCUCACGGCAGGAGAACGGCGAGUCGCGGAAGAAGAAGGCCAAGAAGGACAAGGAGAGCAAGGUCGAUUCUGGAGUCUCCCGCGGCAUCGACUUCCUCAACGUGUCCUGCGUCCUUAACUUUGACUUCCCCGCGACAUACAAAUCCUACUUUCACCGCAUCGGCAGGACCGCGCGCGCUGGCAAGUCCGGGACCGCCAUCUCCUUCAUCAUACCAAAGGACAAGUACCGAAAGCACAAGCCAACCUCAUUUGCUGGCUGCGAGAACGACGAAGAGAUACUGAAGAAGGUGGAGAAGCACCAGGAGGAGGGGCAGAAACUGGAGAACUACAAUUUCGACAUGAAGCGCCUUGAGCCGUUUAGGUAUCGAUUCGGAGACGCACUGCGGUCUGUGACGCGCAUCGCUAUUCGAGAAGCGCGCAUCAAGGAGAUUCGGUUGGAGCUCUCCAAGUCGCAGAAGCUCUCGCGCUACUUUGAAGAGAACCCCGAAGCCCUCGAGCACCUUCGACACGAUCAGACGCUGAACCACCCCGCACGCAUACAACCACAUCUGAAGCAUGUGCCAGACUAUCUUCUACCGGGUGGCAGGAAGGCGGCAGAUGUUGGCUUUGUGGGCUUAAAUAUGCCAAAGGCAGAUAGGAAGAAGUUCGCGAAGGGGAGAGGAAGGAAGGUUGUCAGAGGGAGGAAUGGCAAGGUGGACCCGUUGAAGACAUUUAAUGCGAGGGGUAAGGGCAAGAAAUAAAUCCAAGGCCCAGCUUAGAUAGGUAGGAGUAGCUAUCAAUGCUGCGACAGGAUACGACCGAAAUAACACCACGUCUCACAAAUGUCUCGGAUCCACCUUUUCUCCUCACUAAACGCAAUUCUCAAUAUCUAACUGUCGAUGUUCAUAUUCAUGUUUCUGUUAGCAAGAUGUACAACUCUUGACGCGGCUGAGUUUGCAGUACACGGGCAGAGGCAGAGCUUCUGCGUCGAGCAUGGCACAUUAGAGAAC